UUCUUCAUCAUUCAUUACAUCCGCGGUCGUCGUUCGUUCGUGUAUUGUAUGGUGGUAGUUUCGUCCAAAGCCAACGCACGUCGAGGUGUACCUAGAAUAUAAUUUCUGUUCCAACCGCCUACUUUGUCCGAUUUCCAGCGAUUUCGAAUCACGGAAAACGCGUUUUUAACGGUGCGAAGUUGGGUUUUCUUCCGGUCAAAGUGCAAGAAAGGAUCGCAUUUUUUCCUUUCUGUAAAGUUUUUUGAACCAGUGUGCGUGUGGAACGGGAAAAUAUCGCUUUUUUGCUGCCCCGAUAACGACGACGAGAGGAAAGUUUCCAUUAGCUUGCUUUGCCCUCUCCAGCCGCAGAGGAAGCAUAUCUUGUGCAAGUGUGUUCUGUUUUAAUUUCGAAGAAUAAAUAAGUUAUGUGAUCUCAUUCUAUCGCCUGGCGUGCUUUGAUCUUUGUGCAGUCUACGCAGUACGAGAUAAAGAGGUUUUCUACUGGAUUCGUACGAAGGUUAGACGGAGUAGCCUUUGGGUUUUGUUCUCAUCCUCGCCGGAGCGAUUCAGACGAAAUCCUAUGAGCAAUACAUAAUCGAUCGGUAAUUGGCGAAGAAUCGAAGAAUUCGGGGAAAAAAGUGAACCAUCAAGCUCUUGAGUGCGGAAGGUAAAGGGAAGAGUUUAAGUGGUGGCUUCACGCGUAGCUGAUGAAUUGAGGCGUUUAGUUAGCCAAAAGGGGCCAAACGGUGUCGUGUGUGCAGCAAUAGAGUGAAAGAGUGGGAGGUGACGACAGAUUAAUUAUUCGUGCCUCGUAGAAAGUGGGUGUAGAGCAGAGGGAAGUCUGCGUUCUAACCUGCGGUGGUGAAACAACAACAUCAUAAACAUCAGCAGCAGCAGAAGUAGUGGUAGUAGUAGUGGCAAUAGCUUGAGGCAGCCAAAAGCAGCAGCAGCAGAAGUGGUGUAACGAAAACAACAGACCAGCCUCACAAUGCGCGAAUAUAAGAUUGUUGUGCUCGGAAGCGGAGGUGUCGGCAAAUCCGCCCUGACAGUGCAGUUUGUUCAGGGUAUUUUCGUGGAAAAAUAUGAUCCCACGAUAGAGGACAGUUACCGCAAACAGGUGGAGGUGGACGGACAGCAAUGCAUGUUGGAAAUUCUGGACACUGCAGGAACGGAACAAUUCACGGCCAUGCGAGAUCUGUACAUGAAGAACGGCCAGGGUUUCGUGCUAGUGUAUUCCAUUACCGCACAAUCGACAUUCAACGACCUGCAAGACCUGAGGGAACAAAUUUUGAGGGUUAAGGACACUGACGACGUUCCCAUGGUACUGGUCGGCAAUAAGUGCGAUCUCGAGGACGAACGGGUGGUCGGCAAGGAGCUCGGCAAAAGCCUCGCCAACCAGUUCAACUGUGCAUUCAUGGAAACGUCAGCCAAAGCCAAAAUUAAUGUUAACGACAUUUUCUACGACUUAGUCCAACAAAUUAACAAGAAAUCCCCCGAGAGAAAGCCCAACAAAAAGAAAAAAUCGCUGUGCGUGCUGCUCUAAGUAAACUAAAACUACUAUUACUACUAAUUAACAAAAAAAAAGAAAAGGUAAUAAUAAUAAUAAUAAUAAAGAAUGCAGUUGGGAGGGAAAAGACGAAGAAGGAAAACGCAGUUCGUUUACAGAUGUAAGGAAUAAAAAAAAUGGGAAAAGUUAUAAACAUUUAUUAUUAGUAAUGGAUAAAUGAAGAAUAAGAGGAAGACGUGAAGUAAAAACGUAAAGUGAGAAACAAACAAUCGGGACAAAAAAAAUCAAAGGAAUUAAUAAAAAAAAGUUGAGGUUCACGUGCUUUCCGUGUGGACACGGGCGCGAUGUACGAUAAUGGUAGAUUGUGGGAACGACGGAAGAACGGAUGAAGUAUCACUUCGUAAGAACUUACUACUUACUUGGGAGUAAUUUUUAAAACAAGAAAUAUUUUUCUUUCUCGUUAGAAGCACAGUCAAACGGACGGACGGAGGCAUAUACACGCAGUUGCACUUGUAUGGAAAUGAAAAUUAAGAAAUUGGGCAGGAAUUUGCGGUACAACAGUGGAAUUAGUUUGGAUGGGGAACAUAAAUGGAGGGAAAGUGUAUAGUGUUUGUCGUUUUGUUCACGGACAGUUCUCUCGCAGUCAGACGCGUGCGCCAUCAUUGUUAGUUGUGAUUCAUUCAUUGGAUUCUGAUUUCUGGGAAAAAUCAGCACCACCGAUGUGUGCAUAAUAUGUUGUGGUGAUUAUUUAAGGUGUUACUCUCUUUCUAUGAACCGUGAUUAUUUGGCUUCCAUUUUGUAUACACAGGAAACACUCACACACAAAGUACAUACACUUACCGACACAUUCACACUCACAUUUUUAAACAAGUUGUCACACUCUAUCUAACUACAUAGGAACGCAUAUAUCAAUAGCCGGAGGAACCCGAUAAAACACGAACAAAAAUGAACUAGCAAAUGCUAAAUGCCGCAGCAUGAUGAUUUGUGUCAGUGUUUGAAAGAAAAAUGGCCGCCGGUUGAACGGCAUGGACAAAACACCAUUCACGCUAAAAAAUAUCCACACAAAUGUAAGUCGAAUCGAUUUAUCAAAGGCAAACAACGUUUGAAUGGAUAUUCAACAGCAAACUGUCACAUAAUUCUUUACCAUGUGGUCAGUGAUUUGAAAAUCUAUUCGAGAAAACAAUACAGUACUUGUUCAACACUUACACAUAGAAAAGAAGUGAAAAAUGUCGUUCAUUCAAAUAGAAGAAACAAUAUACAACUGUACAAGCGAAGAAAAGUAUUAUAAAAAAACAUUCAACUGAUAUCAGUAGUAGAUCAAACAGAAAAUAACAUUAUAGACAAGCCGAGUAAAAAUCGUAUGAUGUAAAUUGAACAAGUUAGAUUUUGUACUAUUUUUAACGCAGUUGUAUUGAAUUUUUCUACUGUCAUAUUCGGAAUCCUUGUGGCACAUUUGUGGACAAAUGGUUGUAGCUCUAGCAUCAUCUUGUUCUCAUCAUGUGGAACUACAGUCUGAAUCAUCCGAAAGCCCUUCUGCCGGGCUUUUCGGAGUGCCAAACACAUACACACAAUCAUCAGCAUUCUCCUCUAAACUAACACUUUGAAACACACUUUCACACCUAUCUCGCGUUUUGAACUUGCCUAGUGUUGUUUAAUAAAGAAAACGAUUUUUACUCCUUUAAAUCGCUCCUCUCGCGCUUGCAAAACUCAAGUUUCGUUUGCAUUGUUCGAAGCAUUAUUUCUCUUAGUAUUUCUACCCAUUCCAAAGUUGUUCACUUUUACACUAAACUCUUUACAAAUUGAAAAAAGAAGAUAAUUAACAGUCGUUUUAGAUGAAAAAAGAAAACGAAACAAAAAUCAAUAAACAUACAAAUUCAAAAGAGAAAAUAGCAUAAUCAAACUGAACAAAAGAGAAAAAAAAAACAUCCCAAGCGAGUUCGCCUUUGUUCGAGUUUUAAUAAGAUUAAAUAGAAGAAAAAAAACUGCAGCAUAAAUUUAAGCCAAAUCGUAAUCAAUCAAGCAAAAGCUCGUCAUCGUGUCGUUGUCGUCGUCAUGGAAACAAGAAAAAGAAGUAAAACCACAACAACCACUUACCCGCACUUGCCCUUCGCUCCCCCGUCAUCAGUUUUUAAUGUGUGCGUGUGGGUAUCAAGUAGAUAGUACUCUUCCAAUUCACAUUCGUUGUGUAAAACUAAUGAUAGUCGGAGAAACAAAGCCUCUAUUGUGUUGGUGUUUAAAAUAGAAAUCAAAAGCAGCAAACAGUUUAAAACAAAUUGUUGUACAAUUUUAACCUUUACCUCCAUCUGAUCUCCAUUUUUCUGUUUCCGCGCACAAUCAAGUAGGCCGAACCGGGCAUCCCAUAAAAUGACAGUGACUGUCAACUGAGACACACACAUACAGAAACCACUAGCACUCACUCACACAAUCGCACACCGCACCGCAGAUGGAAUAGAAAAGUGUUGUUACAUUAUCGUAAUUUUCAUUCGAGUCGAAUGUAGAGUAACUAAUUUUCACCCGUUAGUCCACGUGGUGAUGAUGAGAGAAAGACUUUCCAAUCCUAGCUUUUGGUAAACAUCGCUAUCCUCCCCUAAAAACCAUUAACCAAUGCCAACCAACACCAUUAAGCGAUCGUCAUAGCCAGGAGAGAAUCCUUUGAGUAGAAAAUGAAUAUACACCCUCACAUCAACACACCCCCACAAAACAGACGCUCUCAAUCCUUUAGAAAACAAACAUAAAUGAACGUUCAAGAUGAAAACAAAUUCAAACCUACAUGCAACAUCUUCGCAAACGGACCGUUGAAAAAAAAAACAAGAAAAAUAUUACUGUGUAACCAUGCAAAACAAUCUAUUUUCUAAUGAAUAAAAAGUAUAUAUAUACAA